AGAGAGUGUGCCUCUGACCUAACUUGGCCAGACACCCCUCUCAGGCUUGUUUUCUCUAAAAUAAACCUGUCUUGACUGGCAAGCCACCUUUCAUGUUUCUUUCUUCUUUCUUUAAUUCUUACACUGACUCCCAGCUGAAGCUGGGGCAAGGGCACAAGCCUGCGGAGUUUGGAUCCAACUUCUAUAGAGGACUGAACUAAGGUUGGCUUUAAACUGCUGCAAAACAGACCAAGCCUGGGCCAAAGGAAUCCAAGCCCAUGAGAGUGCGGAAAAGACAGGAAAAGGGAUAAGAGGAAAUGAGAUGCCAGGCAGCUUAAAGCCAGGACUGGCUGUGAUGACCUCUGGAGUUCUAAGACUUAAUUACUGCUUUCACAAUAAUAACUCGUAUUUAAAAGCAAAGGAAGCUGAGGGUGAUUUGCAUGCUUCUCUUUAAUGCUGGCUGCUGAGUGCACACUCCUGGUUUCCUCUGCCAAUAAUUGGACACAUAAUUAACCUCCUUUAUAAUGGAUUAUGGCCUUCUAGAGUUGGUGGCCAUGACCAAGCCUCAGUUGAGGGGAAGGCCUUGGAUCAGAAAGAUUUCCCCAAGGGCCCAAAGCCUAGCAGUCUGUGCUCCUGCCACCAACAAAAACUCCAACCUCACUCAGCCCCCAAAGAUUCAGACCCUGGGUAAGACCAGGGUGGAGGAGGGCUUGGAGGAGGGGUCGCCUUUCAGAUUCUGACUCUGCCCCUCUAUGGAUCCUUCUAUGUAUGACCUUAAACAAGUCACUGGACCACCCUGAGCUCACACCUUCCCAAUCAGGUAAAUGGGCACAAUAAUACCAACCUCAGAAGGACGCCCUGGGAGCUAGAGGAAAUAAUAUAGCAUAAAAAGGCCUCAGCACAGUACUAGGCACAUUGCGGGCACUCCAUGAAUACAACUCCCUUCCCCUCACCCAAGCAGAGUAGAGAGGGGUACAGGAAGGAGGGACGCUUACAGGAAGAGGAGGUAUGAGCUGAGUUCUGCGAUAGAAGAGAAGAGAAAGGUUUUGCCCAAAGGGACACAGGAUGAAAUGAUAAAUUAACAAUAGAAUACAUAGAACAAAUAAUGAAUAAAUAAACUAACAUUUACAGAGUUCUUAUUAAGUGAUAGGCAGGGCCCUAAAUGCUUUCUGGUCAUUAUCUCAUUAGAUCCUGGCAACAACUGUCAGUGCUUACUAUUAUUAUCACUAUUUUGCCUGUGAGAAAUUGAAGCUUAGAAAGGUUAUUCAGCUGCCCAAGGUCAUGACAUGAACCUGCGGGACUGACUUCAGAGGCCCCACCCUCUUGACACACUCAUACACUCGCCCCCCCGCACACCGUGCAGAGAUGCCAGAUAACCCCGCUGGCAGGGGACCAGGGCUAUGGGACUGGGACCGAAGCUGGGGCCGGAUCCAAGAAGGCAACGCUCCGAGUCCCGGUGGAGGGGUGGACAGGCAGAGGGGUUCCACUCGCACUGCCCGCAGCGCAUGGGCAGCGGAGCUGACCAGGCGCUUCCUGGCCCCAUAAAGCUCGGGCGGGAGGUGAACGCCGUUUUAUGGAGGCGGCCGGGCGGCCCGGCCCGCUUUGAUUCCCGGCUCCGCGAGGCGCAAGGGCCGAGCCCUCCAAGCUCGUAAACGCCUUGGCCGCGAGCUCCCUCCCCGGGCCCGCGGGCCGCCAUAUAAGGCGCAGCGCGGGCUUGGGGUCCAGCCGCCCGCUCCUGCUGCCGCCGCACCAUGUCCUGCCUCUCCUCCCGCCUGAGCACCCCCUGCGGGGUCCGCGCCUUCAGCUGCAUCUCGGCCUGCGGGCCCCGGCCCGGCCGCUGCUGCAUCACCGCCGCCCCCUACCGCGGCGUCUCCUGCUACCGCGGCCUCUCCGGGGGCUUCGGCAGCCGCAGCGUGUGCGGCGGCUUCCGCGCUGGCUCCUGCGGACGCAGCUUCGGCUACCGCUCUGGGGGCGUGUGCGGGCCCAGCCCCCCAUGCAUCACCACCGUGUCGGUCAACGAGAGCCUCCUCACGCCCCUCAACCUGGAGAUCGACCCCAACGCGCAGUGCGUGAAGCAGGAGGAGAAGGAGCAGAUCAAGUGCCUCAACAGCAGGUUUGCGGCCUUCAUCGACAAGGUGCGCUUCCUUGAGCAGCAGAACAAACUGCUGGAGACAAAGCUGCAGUUCUUCCAGAACCGUGAGUGCUGUGAGAGCAACCUGGAGCCCCUGUUUGAGGGCUACAUUACAACUCUGCGGCGGGAGGCCGAGUGCGUGGAGGCCGACAGCGGGAGGCUGGCCUCAGAGCUCAACCACGUGCAGGAGGUGCUGGAGGGUUACAAGAAGAAGUAUGAAGAAGAGGUGGCACUAAGGGCCACUGCUGAGAAUGAAUUUGUGGCCCUGAAGAAGGAUGUGGACUGUGCCUACUUGCGCAAAUCAGACCUGGAGGCCAAUGUGGAGGCCCUGACCCAGGAGAUCGACUUCCUGAGGCGGCUGUAUGAGGAGGAGAUCCGCAUUCUCCAGUCGCACAUCUCAGACACCUCAGUGGUCGUCAAGCUGGACAACAGCCGGGACCUGAACAUGGACUGCAUCGUCGCUGAGAUCAAGGCACAGUACGACGACAUUGUCACCCGCAGCCGGGCCGAGGCCGAGUCCUGGUACCGCAGCAAGUGCGAGGAAAUGAAGGCCACGGUGAUCAGACAUGGGGAGACCCUGCGCCGCACCAAGGAGGAGAUCAACGAGCUGAACCGCAUGAUCCAGAGGCUGACAGCCGAGGUGGAGAACGCCAAAUGCCAGAACUCCAAGCUGGAGGCCGCGGUGGCCCAGUCUGAGCAGCAGGGUGAGGCGGCCCUCAGUGACGCCCGCUGCAAGCUGGCCGAGCUGGAGGGUGCCCUGCAGAAGGCCAAGCAGGACAUGGCCUGCCUGAUCAGGGAGUACCAGGAGGUGAUGAACUCCAAGUUGGGCCUGGACAUCGAGAUCGCCACCUACAGGCGCCUGCUGGAGGGCGAGGAGCAGAGGUUGUGUGAGGGCGUUGGAGCUGUAAAUGUCUGUGUCAGCAGCUCCCGCGGCGGGGUCGUGUGCGGGGACCUGUGCGUGUCGGGCUCCCGGCCGGUGACCGGCAGCGUCUGCAGUGCCCCCUGCAGCGGGAACGUGGCAGUGAGCACCGGCCUGUGUGCGCCCUGCGGCCAGACCUGCGGCAGCAGCCGCUCCGUGCGCUUCGCCUGAGCACCCUGCUUUGUACCGACGCCGCCACGCCAGCAGAAGUCCCAGCCUCCUGAGACAGGCCGGAGCUCCCAGGGUCCUCAGACGUGGGGAAGGAGGGCUUCGGGACCCAGCUUCCCCACAGGCCCCCACACCGCGCCUUCCCGUCUCGCAUCCCCUCCCGUUAGUCCCUUCACUGCUUCCGGGAGCACAGGGCUCCUAGCCCGCAGCUCUCCCCACCUCCGCAUCUAAAGGACUGUGUCCUCGCAGCCCUAGGCAAAGACCCGGGUCCAGAGGCCUGGAUGCCUGUGGCUUCUGAGGGACAGAUGGGCCUGGAGCCUCUUGGUGUGGACUUGCUGUGCCUUCUAAUCCACUGUCUUCUAAUACACGUGUGGGACAGGCCACCUCUCCCGCCUGGCUGCCUGGCUCCCUCCCUCUCCCCUGUGCUUGUCUCAGCAUUUCCAUUAAAGCUCCUAGUCAUAUGCAA